GGCCCGACACCGCGGGAGGAGCGGGGUCGCCCGCCCCGACAGCACCGGGAGCCCGCGGGGAAGCCGCCGCCGCCCCUGUCCUUCCCGCAGUCCUGCAGCGUCUCCAGCCAGCAGGACCGGGCUGCCCGCGCCCGUGGCGGGAGGAAAAUGGCUCAAGCUACUGCACCAGCAGCAUCUAUCCAUGAUGAGGAAUCCUUGGAAAGCAGAAUGGUGGUUAAAUUCCUCAUGUCAGGACUUGAGUCAAUGUGUAAAGAACUUACCAAGUCCAAGGCAGAGGUUGCCUGUAUUGCUCUAUAUGAAACAGAUGUGUUUGUAGUUGGAACUGAGAAAGGAAGAGCCUUUGUCGACUCUAGGAAAGAUUUUCAGAAGGAUUUUGUUACAUACUGUGUUACAGAAGAGGACAGGGCUGCAGAACUGCAGAAAACGAAGACUAUACCUGCUGAAACAGGGGUAGACAACCUGACAGGGGAUGUUGUGGAACUGGAGACUCUCAGAAAGUCUGUAGAGGACUUUUUCUGCUUUUGCUAUGGUGAAGCUUUAGGAAGGUCAACAAUGGUACCUGUGCCAUAUGAGAAGAUUCAGAGGGACCAGUCUGCUGUCAUAGUGCAGGGCCUGCCCAAAGGACUUGCAUUUAAAAAUCCAGCAGAUUACAAUGUUUCAACCCUGAAAUGGAUUUUGGAAAACAAGUCAGGGAUCUCAUUUGUUAUCAAAAGGCCUUUCUUAGAGCCAGAGGAACAUACAGGAGCUCAUAUAACAGAUGCUUCACAUUCAAUUAUAUCUCCAGGUGGAAGUUGUCCUCCUAUUAAAGUGAAAACGGAACCAAGCAGAGAUUCUGGAAUUUCUUUGGAAAUGGCAAUGGUACCAGUGAAGGGGGAAUCAGAUGACUACCAUAGGUUUAAUAUCCCAGGCCCUUCUGAGACAUCAGAGAUGGAUGAAAAAUUUGCUUUUGCAAAAAGUUACAGAGAUCCCUCCCAGCCUGACUCGUCAGAAACAAGUGAGGAUCCUGAGGUCGAGGUCACGAUUGAAGAUGAUGACGACUACCUGUCCUCUAACGAGAGACCAAAACGCACUAGAGCAGCUAAUGAAGCUGGCAAUACUGGGAGAAGAAAAGUGGGAGAGUGCAAUGGUGAUCCCUCCCAGCCUGACUCGUCAGAAACAAGUGAGGAUUCUGAGGUCGAGUUCUCCAAUGAAGAAGAUGAUGAUGACUACCUGCCCUCUAACGAGAGACCAAAACGCACUAGGGCAGCUAAGAAAGCUGGCAAUACUGGGAGAAGAAAAGUGGGAGAGUGCAAUGGUGAUCCCUCCCAGCCUGACUCGUCAGAAACAAGUGAGGAUCCUGAGGUCGAGGUCACGAUUGAAGAUGAUGACGACUACCUGUCCUCUAACGAGAGACCAAAACGCACUAGAGCAGCUAAUGAAGCUGGCAAUACUGGGAGAAGAAAAGUGGGAGAGUGCAAUGGUGAUCCCUCGCAGCCUGACUCGUCAGAAACAAGUGAGGAUCCUGAGGUCGAGGUCACGAUUGAAGAUGAUGACGACUACCUGUCCUCUAACGAGAGACCGAAACGCACUAGGGCAGCUAAUGAAGCUGGCAGUACUGGGAGAAGAAAAGUGGGAGAGUGCAAUGGUGAUCCCUCCCAGCCUGACUCGUCAGAAACAAGUGAGGAUUCUGAGGUCGAGUUCUCCAGUGAAGAAGGUGAUGAUGACUACCUGCCCCCUAACAAGAGACCAAAAAGCACCCAAUCAAAUAAUGAAGCUGGCAACACUGGGAGAAGAAAAGUGGGAGAGUGCAAUGUUGAUCCCUCCCAGCCUGACUCGUCAGAAACAAGUGAGGAUUCUGAGGUCGAGUUCUCCAGUGAAGAAGAUGAUGACGACUUCCAACCCUCUAAUAAGAGACGAAAAAGGACCAAGUCAACUAAUGAAGCUGGCAGUACUGGGAGAAGAAAAGUGGGAAAAUUCAAUUUUGAGAAAUGGAAUGCACGAAUUACAGACUUGAGAAAGCAAGUUGAAGAGCUAUUUGAAAAAAAAUACGCUGAAGCUAUAAAAGCAAAAGGUCGAGUGUCUAUCCCAUACUCACUCUUCCAGUCAAGUGCGGAAGACUUACAUGUAAAAGGGCUGCCAGAAGGUGUCCCCUUCAGGCGUCCAUCCACGUACGGCAUUCCCCGGCUGGAGAGGAUACUUCUAGCAAAGGAGAAGAUUCAUUUUGUGAUUAAAAGGAAGGAACUUCUGAAUUCGACAGAUGUUCCAGUGGACAAAACAGGUACAGGAGAAAAAGAGGAGUGGCAUGGCAAAGUCACCAAACUGAGAAAGAUAGUAGAUCAACUCUUCUGUAAAAAGUUUGCCAAGGCCUUGGGGAGCACUGAGCCCAAAGUUGUUCCAUACAAGAAAUUUGAAGCUCACCCAAGUGACCUCUAUGUUGAAGGGCUGCCAGAGAACAUCCCCUUUAGGAGUCCCUCCUGGUAUGGAAUCCCUUGCCUUGAACAAAUAAUUCAAGUGAGCAAGAGAAUAAAAUUUGUGAUCAAAAGACCAGAGCUGCUAACUCUCACUUCAACCGGAGUUACUCAGCCCAGGUUGAAUUCAACAGAGAAAGAAGAUUGGAAUGCCAAGAUCACAAACCUAAGAAACCAAGUAGAAGAGAUAUUUAGUAAGAAAUUUGCCCAAGCUCUGGGGACUUCAGAGACAGUGAAAGUUCCCUAUUCUCUGUUUGAGUCAAAUCCUACAUAUUUGUGUGUUGAAGGCUUGCCAGAAGGAAUCCCCUUCCGGAGUCCCACAUGGUUUGGAAUUCCACGCCUUGAAAGAAUUAUCCGUGCGAGUGACAAAAUCAAAUUUGUUAUUAAAAAACCUGAGCUUGUCGCUUCCUCUUUGCCUCGAAAACUGGCUAGUAAAAUAAACGGAAAAGAAAGGAGUCCAGGGCGUUCCCAAAGGUCACAAAGUCCUGCAGGCAAUUCAGAUGUCCCAGAGAUUGAAGUUACUGUUGAUGAAAGUCCUACGAAAGCACAAACAACAAAUACUCAAACUAAUUCUCAAACCAAUGGCUCCAAUAUAAGUUUCAAGCCACAAGGAAAAGACUUCUCCUUUCAGGCAUGGAAUGAGAAAAUUUCUGUGUUAAAGCAGAAAGUCGAAGACCUUUUUAAUGAAAAAUGUGGGGAAGCACUAGGACUCAGUGAACCAGUGCAGGUGCCAUUUUCACUGUUUGAAUCCUUCCCGGAGCUUUUCUACGUGGAAGGACUACCUGAGGGAGUACCUUUCCGCCAACCUUCAACUUUUGGAAUUCCAAGACUAGAGAAGAUCCUGAGAAACAAAUCUAAAAUAAAAUUCAUUAUUAAAAAGCCUAAGAUGCUGGAGGCAGCUAUUAAAGAAAGUUCUGCUAGAAGCCCCCAAACAAGAACCACAACAAACAUAGUGGUGAACACAACUGCUGUUGCUGAAGACCUGAACAUGAUUCAAAUAACUAUACCAAAUGAUGAAAGUGAGCGACUGUCAAAAGCAGAAAUGGCCAAACAAUUGAGAGAGCAAGUAAAUGAUCUUUUUAGCCAGAAAUUUGGUGAAGCCACUGGUAUGAAUUUUCCUGUGAAAGUUCCAUACAGAAAAAUCACAGCCAACCCUGGCUGUGUGGUGGUGGAGGGAAUGCCUCCCGGCGUGGAGUUCAAAGCACCCAGUUACCUGGAAAUCAGCUCCAUGAAGAAGAUUUUGGAAUCAGCAGAACUUAUCAAGUUUACUGUUACUCGACCAUUUCCAGGACUUGUGAUUAACAAUCAUCUGAUGGAAGAAGCUGAAGCAGAAGCAGAAGCAUCACCAACAGCAACAGCCCCAGCAUUACCAGAGCCAGCUGAAACAAGCAGAAUAGAAGUAUCUCUAGGAGAUAAUACAGAAAAAGAAGAAAAUUCUCAAAUAAAGCAAAAACUACACUGAAUGUCAUAGACAUCACCAAUACCAGAAGCAUCCGGUUCUGAGAAGAGCCUGCUGGGCCUGUCUAGAGAUGUGUAAUAUAACUGUGUAAGAAAAGUACCUUCAAUACAAACCCUUUUGUAUAAGAGAAAAACCUUCUAUAUAAACCCUUUUGUAUUUUUAAAUAUCAAUGUUUACUUUUUCAGCAGUUCUGUGAAUUGACUUAAAGCAAAGAAUGAGUGUAGAUUUGGAAUGGCUGCUUUUACUUUGGAAUAUAUUUUAAGGACUAAAUAUGAUGCAGCAAUGCUGGGGAGAUGAUAGGGAUUAAAAUGAUUAGGCUGUUUACAUUUCCCAGUGCAGCAGAAUUUCACGAUACCUGAAUGCAUCUCAGCUUUUCUAAUGAGGAAAAAUUUCUGUAAAGGGUUCACUUUAUUUACUAUGGAAGAAAAAAAAAUCAUUCAUUUUCAGUUACUACUUUAAUGGUUAAUUGGACAAUAGUGUCUGCAUAUUUGAAUGGAUUUUUCUUGUUAUUCCUGUCACAAUUCAUAUGUUUUUCCUAAAUAAAAGAUAAACUGUUUCAUUUGAUGAUUAAUACUCAUUAAUGAAAUGAACUGUGAAAUGGUCAGUAUUUCAGUGUUAAACCUUGUUAUAGUUUCUUCCAUUAAUUCAAAGUAGUAAGUGCAUGUUUUAUCAGAGAGAGUAUCACAAGUUUAUAUAUGAUGGGUUCAGUCUUGCAGUCCUACUGUAGGGCAGUAGUCGUGUGGACCUGUGAGAGCUUCUCUGCUGAAGGCUGUGGGGAUGCCCUUCUGUUCAUCUAGAAGCAGUUAUGGAAAUGUGCUACAAGCUGCUCUAAGUCCUGCUAUGUCAAAAGCUCAGGAUAUUCUGUGAUUCUGUGACUACAGCAAUUAGUUUUAAGUCCCCUGUAGUCCUCGUUACACCCCACAUUGUGUAAGAGACUAAUGUACUUUUUUUUUUUUUGAAGUUUCACAAACAUAAGAGAUGUACAGUUCUGGCUGUAGGAUAAUCUCCAAAGAUGCAGGUUAUUGUAGAAGUUUCUCUUUUACUGGCAUGAGCUUAGGAUGACUGCAUUUUUUACACAAAUGGUAAACUUUAUUCCGUGAUGAAGAAACCCUUAUGGUUUUCAUGACUGUCCAUGCAGUAUACAUUUAUGUAUUUUACAGCAAGUCCUAGCAGUAAUUCUGUAGGCAGGUAGGACAUGCUGCAGCAUAGUUACUUCCUUCCAGCAAAGAGGUAAGGUCCUGUCAUGCCUUUGAGAUGGAAAUCCUGCUCCAGGUGGGUGAGGUGGUUAUAUUUUCAAGGAAAAUUUUGAAGCCUUAAAUUCAUUUGAGUACAGUGUCUGUUCCCUGGAAGCAGCGUGAAAUUCAGCAGAUAAAUUCAGAGCAGCACAUGCUCUGUCAUUCUGGAGGCAACAGAGUGCUGUAGGACAUACACUUGUGUUUUCAUAAUUGCUCCAUGCAGAUCUAGGUGCUUCAAUUCUGGGACCUUGUGCUGGUGAUAUCAGCAGGGGGCAAGGUUGGCUUCAUGCUGAGGCAUUUUGAAAACACACGUCCUGUCCAACCUUCCUACUCUCCAGCUGGUGGUGACUAAUGCUGAGAUGCCUUCCUGCCUCAUCAGACAGCCCCUCCCAGCCCCGUGGAAUGAGGCCCUUGGUGCACCUUAUCUGCUAACCCAGCCUGUGGGUACUGACCACAUUAUAACCACUGACAUAUUUGCCUGCUGAUGACUCAGACAGGCUCAGUUAAUGAACCUGCAGCAAUAGGUCAUGGUCAGGUUUCACACUUGCGGCUGGACAUGUUUAGAAAGGGGAAAUGAGCUAAUGCAGCUUUCUCUGGGUUUCAGAUGGCUUGAAUUCCCCUUCUGAAAAAGCAGAAGGACAGUCCAUCCCUUCUUCACUCACAGCCUGUGCAGCAAGGCUGUCUAUUGCUGGUGGAGUCGUAAAUGUUUACUCAAAAUGAGGGCAAAGUAUCUCAGCAAAAGAACUGGGAAAAUAAAUAAUUCCAGGAUAUUGCCUUGUCUGGUAUAUAAUAGCAGAGUGGUCCUCCUGCAACUUUGUAUGCAGGACCUGAAAAAAAAAUUAAGUGAAAGGGGAUGCAAUGGUUUUACAGGAAGGACUACAGUCCUUAUGUGAUGCUGGGAGUUGGGGUGGUGGCAUGCAUCACGUGUGACCUGCUGCUGGGCGUGCAGUAAUGCUGAUGGGUGUGUCGGCACUCAACGCUGAAGGCUCCUUUUGGUCUCAGACAUUUUGAGUUACAUCCAGUAGAGGUAAAUUAGACUGACAAAAUAACUGCACUGAUAUUUAUACCUUCCAAAUAUCAAUUUUAUAUUAAGAAAUUACCUACCUCUAGUCCUAACAGCAGACUUUUAAGAUGGUGACUGUUCAUGAAAAUCUCACUCAUUUUCAAGCUAGUAAUACAUGAGAUAUUCAUGAAUACAUUAAUAUCUUCACCUCUUUAGGUGUUGAAUGAUAAUGCCCUAAAAAGCUUUGGUUGUACUAAUAAACAAACAAAUAAAUAAAAUUGCAACAACUUA